AUAGCCUUUAGUAUCACAAAACAAGUAUCAAAACCACGUACUCGUUACUACUCAUGAUUCUUCUUUAAAAUUACACUAAAACAAUGUGCAAAAGACAAGGCGAUUUGCGUAAUUGUCAACCACCACACCAACCAAGCCGCGUCGUUCUUUUUAGUCACUGAUAAGAACAAACUUCCACCGUCCGCGGCCAUGGCAACGCUGUCUUCCGCCGUCACUCUCGCCGCUAAACCCCUCUCACUACCCCUAAACCACCGCGCCAGAGCGGCGGCGGCGUUCCACUCUCCCAAACCUCAUCUCAAGAGAGCGGAAUUCAAAUUUUUUUCGAAUGGCUCAGCUGCCUCUGUCCACUCCCUUACCCGCCGCCUCCGCGUUUCCUCCAACGACGCUCACUUCAAUUCGGGUCCCGAGGAGAGCCAGCAACAACAGUCGUCGAGUUUUGCUGAGUUCAUCACUUCCGAGAGAGUCAAAGUGGUGGCCAUGCUGGCUCUUGCUCUCGCUCUAUGCAACGCCGAUCGCGUCGUCAUGUCGGUGGCCAUCGUGCCGCUGUCCCUCGCCAACGGGUGGAGCCGCGCCUUCGCCGGAAUCGUUCAGUCGUCUUUUCUGUGGGGGUAUCUGGUUUCCCCUAUAGCUGGAGGGGUAUUGGUGGAUCACUAUGGUGGCAAAGUGGUCAUGGCUUGGGGAGUGGCCUUGUGGUCACUUGCUACUUUUCUUACCCCUUGGGCCUCUCAGACCUCCCUCUUGGCUCUACUUGCUGUCCGUGCUUUGCUUGGCAUUGCUGAAGGAGUUGCUCUUCCUUCCAUGAAUAACAUGGUUGCCAGAUGGUUUCCACAAACCGAACGAUCAAGGGCUGUAGGAAUCUCGAUGGCUGGAUUUCAGCUUGGAUGUGCAAUAGGGCUCACGCUUUCUCCCAUUCUCAUGUCGCAAGGUGGUAUAUUUGGUCCCUUUGUGAUUUUUGGAUUGUCUGGGUUUCUUUGGGUGUUGGUGUGGUUGUCUGCAACGUCAAGCACUCCUGAUCGGAGUCCUCAGAUAUCAAAAUAUGAGCUGGAGUAUAUAUCGAAUAGAAGGCACAAGUCUUUUUCAGUGGAGACAGCUAAGCCCAAGAAAGUUAAAGUGAUCCCUCCUUUCAGGCGCUUGCUUUCAAAGCGGCCAACAUGGUCUCUAAUCAUUGCAAAUUCCAUGCACAGUUGGGGUUUUUUUACUGUUCUUUCUUGGAUGCCCAUAUACUUCAGCUCAGUGUACCGUGUGGAUCUCAGGCAUGCGGCAUGGUUUAGUGCAGUUCCAUGGGCUGUGAUGGCUGUCACGGGUUACUUUGCUGGCUUGUGGUCGGAUAUGAUGAUACAAAGUGGUACAAGUGUCACUUUGACUCGUAAGAUUAUGCAGUCCAUUGGUUUUAUUGGUCCUGGACUCUGCCUCAUUGGCUUAGCAACAGCAAAAAACCCCUCAAUAGGUUCUGCUUGGCUUACUUUAGCUUUUGGCCUGAAAUCCUUCAGUCACUCUGGUUUUCUUGUGAACCUUCAGGAGAUUGCACCGCAGUAUUCUGGUGUUUUACAUGGAAUAUCAAAUACUGCUGGAACAUUGGCUGCUAUAUUUGGAACAGUUGGAGCUGGGCUUUUUGUUGAGCUAGUUGGUUCCUUCCCAGGAUUUCUGUUGCUUACAUCGCUCCUUUACUUUCUUGCUGCUAUUUUCUAUUGCCUAUUCGCUACUGGAGAAAGAGUAAAUUUUGACGAUCCUGUUGUCUGAGAGUGCUGGAAACUACAUACUGUACUGUACAGUUCAAUUUCUUGUAUAUGAAAGGAGUUAAGGAGAUAGCUGAAGAAUGUCAGAGAUGGCUAUGUGUUCUAACUGUCAUGCUUGUGAAGUGUAAAACAGAAACUAACCAUCUACCUAGUGUAAAAUCAUUUAUUGAUGUAUAGUUUUUUUGCUUUCCCAUAUGCAUUGAGAUAAUGCAUUUGGAGUUUUUAGGUUUUCUUGGGUUCCGAGAAUGUAUUUAAAAAAGAGAGAGAAAAAACUAUACAGUAAUAAGGUUUCUUUUCUGUUCUGUCCUUGCUGAUCAUGGAUAGUGUAUGAUAUGGCAUUUUUACGUAAUAUAUGCACGACCUGUUGUUCAAAUGCC